UCCAACAAACGAUGUCGGACUUCGGAGUAGAUGUUAAUGUAGUAUGUGUGUGACAACGGGAUUGACAACAUGGAUACGUCUGACCUAGGAGGAGGUAUAAAUUGUACGCCACCGGCUAUAGAAGACUUUCCACACGACCUAUUUGAUGAGGAGCAGAGACAAGGCGGUGCCGUUGUCGUACACGUCAUUGUGUCGCUUUACUUAUUUAUCGCUUUAGCAGUAGUAUGCGAUAAAUUCUUCGUACCUGCUGUAGAAAAAAUAUGUCACGCACUCUCAAUGUCGAAAGACGUAGCCGGCGCAACGUUUAUGGCGGCGGCGACGUCGGCCCCAGAAUUAUUCGUGAAUGCCAUCGGAACAUUCAUCACGGAAGGUGACAUUGGCGUCGGGACGAUAGUAGGUUCCGCAGUAUUCAACAUCCUGGCUGUCCCAGCCUGCUGCGGUAUCGGUGCGGGAAUGGUGGGUUGCCAAAUGUUCCGUAGUUUUGCGAAGUUUAAUAAACGCGAAAUUGGAAAGGCGUGCAAAUUUGCAUGUGCCCGCGCGCGCGACAUGUAAUGAAAUUACAAAUACCGCCGAGAUUAUUAGAGAGAAUGAAAAAGAAAAAAUAAACGUACAAUAUACAAUAUUCAUAUUAUGAGAUAUUUUUCUUUUUUUUAACAUACGUGUGUCAAUAUACCUUUUCCCGGCGAUAAUGUUGAAGACUUAUGAAUUAUUGUUUCUCUGGGCGUCCACGAACAUUCACUCGACAUCUGUGCUGCAAUCCAGUCUCAUAACAAU